AAGCACUGUUGCUACUGAAAAAUCCGAAGCAAAUCCACCACCCGACCACACCUUCGCGGCCGCUAUCCUGUGACAGCCCCCAGCAAGAACCGACGACCUCGACAACCGUCUCAACUAAUCACCCAGAAACUCAGUCAAGAUGGGUCACGCCGCUGGUCUCCGCGCGGGCACUCGCUAUGCCUUCUCUCGCGACUUCCGCAAGAAGGGUAUGAUCGCUCUGUCCACCUACCUGCACCAGUACAAGGUCGGUGACAUCGUGGACAUCAAGGCCAACGGUGCUGUCCAGAAGGGCAUGCCCCACAAGGUCUACCACGGCAAGACCGGUGUCGUCUACAACGUGACCAAGUCCGCUGUCGGCGUCAUCAUCUACAAGCGGGUCAAGCACCGAUACAUCGAGAAGCGUGUCAACCUCCGCAUCGAGCACGUCCGUCUGUCGCGAUCCCGAGAGGACUUCCUGCGCCGGGUGAAGGAGAACGCCGCCCUGAAGGCCAAGGCCAAGUCCGAGGGCACCACCGUCCAGGUCAAGAGGCAAGCCGUCGCCCCUCGCGAGGCCCACACCAUCUCUUUCAAGGACAGCCGGCCCGAGACCCUCGCACCUGUCGCCUACGAGACCACCAUCUAGUUUGGGGAAAUCAGGGAGGGGUUCCGGUGGUUUACGAUUGCUUGCUUUGUCUUUGCACGGGGUUCACAUACGGCACGGAAAGAUUUCUAGCAUGGUCCGGUAUGGAAUGUGGCAAUGCUUUUAGGGAAAUUAAAAAAAAGAUGAACCAACGACACGUCCAAGGCUCCCGACCGUGGUUGUAUUGGUGACGGAGGAUCAGGCGUGGCCAUGUCCGUCGAGGUGCCAAAAAAUGGCCAGACGCACUCGACGCGUUGGUCCGGAGUGGUGGUGUAGGCUCUGAGGCGAGCUACGAUUCCCAGACGCUUUGCAAAGCGACAAUCAACGAAUUCUCGACGCACGACCUGGAUGAACUCUGUGAAUAUGCCCAAAACACGAAACGAAGCGUCUGGCUGGUUCGAUUCAAGUUUCCCGUCCAUGCGUAGUAAGCCAAGAGGAAAAUAGAUGCACCUAUAACCUCAAGGCGUAGAUUUGGUAUAUGACUGAUGGGCAGACCGAGACGGGGUUUCCACCUUGCGUGGCUCUUCGCAGCUUCGACCACAAAGUGGAUGAGCGCGGUUGGGUCAGCUUCUCAGACCCCGUUCUUAAUUCAGGUUAUCAGACCUCGAAAGUCCGGUUGAAUACCAUGCGUCUAUCUCCUCAUCUAGACUCGGGAUCGGCUUGGUCUAUAUGUUAAUUUGA